AUGACUUCGAUACAAUCUCUCACGUCUUUCAAGCUCGAUCUGCCUCCUAGCUGUAUCGAGUUCUUCCCGCUCAAUCCGCAGUAUGCGAUAAUCGGCACGUACAACCUCGAAAAGUCGGACGAGAAAGAGUCCGCGGGGAGCGCUCCACACGAUGGCAAAGUGAGCGCCAAAAAUCAGCAGCGCAAUGGCAGUUUGAUAUUGGUACGCGUUGAUGGCGAUAUAGUCCACAUCGUCCAGACGCUGUCCACACCAUCGGCUAUCCUGGACAUACAUUUCUUGACGCAUGUCACUAGCUCCAACUUUGGCGUUGCGACUUCGACAGGUGCGUUCGCGAUCUACGAACUCCAGUCGUGGCAGCGCGACCCCAAGAUCGCCCACAUCAAGACUAUCCAAUACUUCCCAGAAGAUGUACUCAUCACUGCCUUCACUUGGCACCCGGAGUCCUUCAUGGUCGGUAUGACGCUGUCGAACGGACAGGUAUGUCUCGGUGUCAUAGAUACGGAAGACGAGUCCGAUGCGCCUACGAAGAUGGAAGUCGCAUCGCAUGAUUUGGAAGCCUGGACCCUUGCGUUCUUACCGGAUGGCUCAGGACUGCUGUCGGGUGGAGAUGACAGCGCGCUUCGUUUCGCGGAGCUGUCUGACGGAUCUGGAGGAAGUGUGCCUUGGAUGGACGGGAAGAUACACGGCGCUGGUGUCACUGCUAUUCUCCCAGUACAUCUGGACAGCCAAGGUGGUCUGAUCAUUACUGGCAGUUACGAUGAUCAUAUCCGGCUUCUCCACGUACCCAUCUCAGGCCGUCGUCAGGUUCUUGCGGAAGCCAAUCUCGGUGGUGGCGUAUGGCGGUUGAAGCUGCUGGACCGAAACCCCAAGCUACCAGCGCACCACGGCGUAGAGAAAUGGAGAUCGGAGCCGCCGCCAGAGGCCAUUCUACUGCUUGUUAGCUGCAUGCAUGCUGGCACUAGGAUCGUCAGGCUCACCAAGAGCGCUUCCAAAGAUUGGCAGAUCGAGGUACUGGCCAAGUUCGAGGAGCAUGAGAGCAUGAACUACGGAAGUGAUUCUCAGCCAGAUCUCAAUAGUCAGGGUCAACGGACGUUCCUAUCUACGAGCUUCUAUGAUCGGCUGUUGUGUCUUUGGAGAUACUAG